GACGAUUGCACCACACUCCCCGAUCGCAGAGAGGCUUGUUACCCAGCCAAGACCGGAAUCGUUGCUGUCCACGAUAAACAUUUCGAUAGAAAAGAAAAGAAGAAAAACAGAGGUCGCUGCCCUCCCCACAAACCCCAUCGACUUUUCCACACGACCUCUUAACUCCUGUCUUCCUUCCUGUUGCCUAUCGGUGAACCACCCCCCCCACCGUCAUACGAGGAAUUCCGUUCCCCUGAAUCUAUACCGACCGUCUGUACUAUUUUUUUUUUUUUCCCGAACGAUAUUGUGAACGGUCAGCGUACGACUGAGCUCCCCUACGGUCUGAGCUCGUCACAAUCCGUGCUCGGAAAGUGCGAGUACAUUGCAGCUUAGGAAAUUCGUGGCGGUGCGUUCGCGCGCAUGGGUGAUCUUAUGCGUGGUCUAUGCGGGAAUCUUCACGGUGGUUUAAAGGGUAAAUGAAAGGAUUUGGGUGAUUGAAGCCGAUUUCAACCUAGGAAUACCGAUGAAGUAUGACCUCCAGUGCGACUCUUGACCACUCUCGCGACCCCGCUGUCGAUCAUUCCCAAGCUGUUUCGCACGAACCGGAGCAUCCCCAGACCACGGCCGCAGAAAACAGUACAGGAACCCCCGAUAUCGAACCCCAGAAGGAAAGUGCUAGUCCGGUCGGAGGCAAUGCGGGGAGUGAGCCGACUGCAGAAUCGACAACGGGAGAGGUAGAUGAGUUUGGGCUGCCCAUUCGUGUUCGCGCUAGGCCUGUACGCUCGGCUGAAACGUCGGAUAAUGAAGAAGAAUUUCAUGAUGUUGAAGAGGCUGUCUCGGGCACGGGUAAUAAUCAACCAGCUUCACAAGAGAGCAAGCCCGUAACAAACGAAUCGAAGCCAGAAGCACCUCAGGAAGACAGCACAAAAUCAGUCGACAAGGGCAAAGACGAACAGAAAAGGACACAAACCUUACCGGCAGUGGAACCACAUUCUGUUGAGCUUCCCCGAGAGAAUGAUUCAAGCGUGCCUGUGGGCAAUGAGAAACAUGCCGCUGCUAGUGGCCCCCUCCCUGACCAGGAGGAUUGUCCCCCACCACCUCCUUACACAGAGAAGCCAAAUGCAGAGAACCCCUCUGCUUCUACACAGUCGGAUGCCAUGAAAAACAAACGGUCGAGCCUGAAAGCAUCGGAAUGGUCACAUCAGCGGCUUAAUGAGUCUAAGGACUCAGAGGACGAGGAUGAAGCAGUAAGUGAUGGUGGGUGGCAAGAUAUGCCUGCUAUUGACGAGUUCGAUGUUUACGACGACUUUGGGAGGCUGGUUGCUCGUGGUGCCAAACCAGAGGAUAAUGACGCAGUGUACCAGGGCUUGGGAGGCGCUGGGAAGGGCUAUACCCGAGUGCAACUUGAUGAAGAUGCUCAAUCGGCGACAAGUCUAGAUGAAGAUACAAGCUAUCUUUUUAGAGAUGCCGCUCACAACUCUGCUGGUGUAGAAGGAGAAGAGCUGCGCGACGCUGUCAGUCAAUUGCAGGCCACCAAGGAUCUGCUGACCGAGAGUCAAAGGAUAGCAUACGUCGGGGUUACCAGAUUGGCUAUAUUCCAGAUGACUAGAGACCUGGACCGGGUUCCCUCAACUAAGGGUACACGCAAGGCGAGACAAAAGACCAUUGACUCGAUGCGUAAAUGGGGCCAAACAAUUAUGGCUAGGGUUUAUGCACAUAUGGAUAUCGAUGCCGCUGAGCAGGUGAUGAUUGAACAAUUGGCGGAACAUGGUGUCCAACCUGCAGAUCUUGUCCGGCCUCUCAUGCAGAAUGCUCGAGUCAAGAAUCCUUUAGCUGACGAAGUCGACACGCCGAAGAACUCCCUAUCAUCCCCCGCGACGCCGAGCUUGAAGGACGAAUAUCGAGGUAGCCUAUCCUCUGAUUUUGACAGGUCAACGUCUCCUCCACCUUAUGAGACACACGAAGGCGAAGAUCUUCCCGAAGUUCGAACCCCCUCCCAGCUUCCUACCUCGACAAAGAUUGAUAUAGAUCUUCGGUGGACGGUGCUUUGUGAUCUCUUCCUUGUCCUCAUUGCAGAUUCGGCUUAUGAUGCGCGGUCUCGGUCCUUACUUGAAAAAGUAGGCGAGUCCAUGGAAGUGUCCUGGCUACAGAUUGCCCGGUUCGAAAAGCGCGUGGUUGAUGCUCUGGAAAUGCAGGAAGAGGCGGCCAAAGAAACCUGGGAUGAGUCAGAUCACAUGGAAAAACGCCGAAAGAUGGCUUUGAAACGGAAAUACAUUGUUAUGGGCUUGGCCACUGUUGGUGGUGGGCUGGUAAUUGGUCUCUCCGCUGGGUUGUUGGCCCCAGUGAUUGGUGCUGGCCUUGCAGCUGGGUUUACCACAGUAGGAAUCUCAGGAACCGGUGCAUUCCUGGGAGGGGUGGGUGGCACGGCGAUUAUUGCUUCUGGAGGCACCCUGACCGGAGGAACGAUUGGGUUGAGGGCUUCCAACAGACGUACUGGAGCCGUCCAGACUUUCGAGUACCGUCCCCUGCACAACAACAAAAGAGUCAACCUGAUUGUCACCGUGUCCGGUUGGAUGACUGGUAAGGUGGAUGACGUCCGAUUGCCCUUCAGUACGGUGGAUCCUAUAAUGGGAGAUCUAUAUUCGGUUCUCUGGGAGCCUGAAAUGCUUCGGAGCAUGGGAGAUACCAUCAACAUUCUUGCUACAGAGGCAUUAACUCAAGGGUUGCAACAAGUCCUUGGAAGCACUGUUCUAGUAGCUCUAAUGUCGUCUCUGCAGUUGCCACUUGUUCUUACGAAACUCUCGUACUUGAUUGAUAACCCAUGGAUCGUUUCAUUGGCUCGCGCGAACGCAGCUGGGCUGAUUUUGGCUGAUUCUUUGAUGGAGCGCAACCUUGGGAAGCGGCCUGUCACUCUCCUGGGCUUUUCUCUCGGCUCUCGGCUUAUUUUUUCUUGUCUAAAAGAGCUUGCAGAUCGAGGUGCCCACGGGCUCGUGCAGAACGUCUAUCUAUUCGGGUCGCCUAUUGUGGCUAACAAAGAUGAAUAUUUGAAGGCUCGUAGUGUGGUAUCUGGCCGCUUUGUGAAUGGGUAUUCCUCCAAUGAUUGGAUCCUGGGCUAUCUCUUUCGUGCAACCAGCGGUGGAAUUAUGCGUGUGGCUGGUCUCGCUCCAGUGGAAGGGAUCCCCGGCCUCGAGAACUUCGACGUCACCAAGCUUGUGAACGGUCAUAUGGACUACCGAGCAGCGAUGCCCCGGCUGUUGAAAGAGGUUGGGUGGGAAGUUUUAGGUGACGAGUUUGUAGAGCUCGAGGACCCCGAUCCAGAGAACCACGCCGAGCGACAAAGAGAGCUUAUCCGCGAGAUCGACGAGGCUCGACGAGAAGCCGAGGCAAAACCAGAAAAGAAACGAUUUGGCUUGUUCAAACGAGGAAAGUUGGCUCAAAAGAAAGGCUGGGAAACAUACGACGUGGAGCGGAACAAUGCCACGCCGCGAGACUCGAGCGACAGCAACGGAACCGGCAGCGUGUUAUUUGAUAUCGAUGCGAUCAGAGCCGAACUCGCAUCCGAAAGUAUUGAAGUCAAACAACUCGAGUCGACCUUGCCUCCUAUGAAGCUUGAUUUGAAUUCCCCGUCCAACUCAGCCCCAGUUACGCCGACUCCGUCAGAUAGCAAAGAUACUACUAAGGCUGCCAAGCUCACCAAGUCCGCGCCCCAGUCGCCGCCUGAGCCUUACUCCGUGCCCAGCACUUCCCAUGAUCAGCAGCCUUCUACCCAUAAAGAAGAAGAGAUAGAAAUGACUUUCGAUACCUCUUAUCAUGAGCCACCACAGCGUUCAAAUUCAUUUUAUGAGCCUACAACUGCUACUUCGUACGAUGCCAAUUCUACACGGCCAGAGCUGCGAUCAUCAUUGACGACGCCAGCUGGUCUUGGUAUUGGCGCUGCUGCUGGCGUCGGUGCGAGUGCACUCGGUGCAUUGGCUCUUGAGCCCAAUGCUUGGGCUGAUCACGACAUCGGGAACGGGGAAGAAGGUGAGAUUCAUAUGAGCUUUGAGUGAUGUGGUUCCACGACUAUAAAGAUUAGAACGAAGACGCGUUUGCCAAGCUUAGUUAUACGCUAUUUGUUGUCUGAUUCUCAGUGAAGUACGAAUAAUUCUUCAUUCGUCUUAUGUUGGCUUGCCUUUUGUUGUAUCUUGCCUUUCCCUAUCUUCGACUUCUUCUCUUUCUCAUCCUCUGUUUUCCCAAUGUUUUCUUUUACUUCCUCACACUUUCAUCAUUAACUUUCAUAGAAGGUGCGAAUCGUUGACCGUAUUCUGCAUUGGAGACCUAAGGUUUCAUAUUUGUUGGUUGAGUUUUGGUCGGGAGUGCAUAUCUUUUUGUUCUUGCAUAUUGUUCAAUCAAGGGCACGAUGCAGCAUCGUGAUUAAUUCAUAAGCCCUUUCCUAUCCCUUAACUUUUUCUUUUCUUCUUCUUCUUCUUCCUUUUUUUUUUUUU